AGAGGCAGCAGGAAACACCGAGGCUGCCACCGUUGGGCGCAGCCAAACAAACCAGCCAAACGCCUUGGACUGAAAGGGAAACCGUACGUUAAUUUAUUUCCUAAUUGUAAAUAGUUGUUUCCUCAUCAUUUCUGCAUAGUUUUUGGUCGGCUAAGGUGAACUGUGUGAUCGGAAGACCAAACGGAAUAGAAAACUAGGGAGCCGUCAUUAAGGUUUGUAAAUAGUUGGAACAGCUGGGACAUCGGCCGAUCGAGCAGUCAGGUCGGGUGAGAGAGGACUUGGAGUAAAGGCUCCCACUGGCAGCAGUAGGAUGAAGAGAUUCCGGCGUCAUGGCCACGACUCCCAGAGAGACAAACUCAAACAGGAUCUCUACCACUUCAACAAGACUGUUGAGCAUGGAUUCCCCCACCAGCCCAGUUCACUGGGCUACAGUCCCAGUUUAGAACUCCUGGCCAUCGGCACCAGAUCAGGAGCCAUCAAACUCUAUGGAGCUCCAGGAGUGGAAUUUAUGGGCUUACAUGAUGAAAAUGCGGCCGUUACACAGAUACACUUCCUACCGCACCAGGUUGAGCUGGUCACUCUGUUGGAUGAUAACAGUCUACACAUGUGGACCCUACGGGCCCAUCAGGGACUGUCAGAACUGCUGGAGAUCGGACGCUUCACACUCACUGGACCACCUGGUGCCCUACCCUGUGUGACGCGGGUGACUGCUGUCCUCGCCCACUCCUCCGGGGAGCUGCUUCUCCUGGGCACAGAGGGAGGCCAUGUGUUUGUGGUGGAGGUGCCAGGCUUCCAGGAACUGGAGAAACUGAACAUCAGUGUGGAGGAUGUUCAGAGCAGCGUUCCAGAGGAGUACAUUGGCAGGAGGAGCCUGGAAUGCGUGGAGGCAUUGCAGGAAAACCCGCUGAACCCACGGCAGGUUCUGAUUGGCUACGGCAGAGGCCUCCUGGUUCUCUGGGACCUGGACCGCCGGUGUGCGCUCCAGCACUUUCUUGGCACACAGCAGUUGGAAAGUGUUUGGUGGAUGGAGGAUGGAGGAAGCCUUCUCAGUUCCCAUAGCGACGGCAGCUACUGUCAUUGGACUGUGAGCACAGACACUGCAGUGCAAGCUGAGCCAGACAAGCAGGAAACACCAUACGGCUCUUUCCCCUGCAAGGCCAUUUCCAAAAUUCUUCAGCUGCCAACGAGACAUGGACCUCCGUUCCUGAUCUUCAGUGGGGGAAUGCCACGGGCCAGUUUUGGGGACAGACACUGUAUUUCAGUCAUACACAGUAAAACACAUGUUGCUCUGGACUUCACCUCACGCAUCAUCGACUUCUUUAUCAUCAGAGAGGGAGCCCAGCAUAAAGGAGAUCCCAGUGCCCUGGUGGUGCUGGUGGAGGAGGAGUUGGUGGUGGUGGACCUGCAGUCGGAGGGUUGGCCCGUGAUCCAGACUCCGUACCUGGUUCCCCUGCACUGCUCCGCCAUCACCUGCUCACACCACGUCUCCAGCAUCCCCCUCAAACUGUGGGAGAGAAUACUGGCCGCCGGACAACUGCAGAACACACACUACUCACGAAAGCCGUGGCCGAUAAACGGAGGCCAGAACCUUGCGCCAGACCCACCCCAGAGAGACCUGCUGCUGACUGGACAUGAAGAUGGAACGGUUCGGUUUUGGGACGCGUCGGGGGUGUGUCUCUCACCCAUGUACAAACUCAGCACGUCUGGGGUUUUCCUCACAGACGCAGACCCCAACGACAACAUGAACCAGGGGGCAGAGGGCGAGUGGCCCCCUUUCCGAAAGGUGGGCUGUUUUGACCCCUACAGCGAUGACCCCAGGCUUGGCAUUCAGAAGAUCCACCUGUGUAAAUACAGCGGGUACCUGACGGUGGCGGGCACAGCAGGACAGAUCCUGGUGAUGGAGCUGAACGAUGAGGCGGCAGAGCAGACGGUGGAGCCCACGGUGGUGGACCUGCUGCAGGGGCAGGAGGGGUUCCGCUGGAAGGGUCAGGCCCGUCUGGAUGUGCGUGACGAACCCGUGACCUUUCCCCCGGGUUUCCAACCCUUUGCUCUGGUCCAGUGCCAGCCGCCGGCCGUGGUCACGGCCAUCGCCCUCCACUCCGAGUGGAAGCUGGUGGCGUUCGGAACCAGUCACGGAUUCGGCCUUUACGACUACCAGCAGAAAAACAGCGUACUGGUCAGAUGUACACUGAACCCUAAUGACCAGCUGGCGUUGGAGGGUCCUCUGUCUCGUGUGAAGUCCAUAAAGAAAUCUCUCCGUCAGUCAUUCCGAAGAAUCCGCCGCAGCCGCGUGUCCAUGCGCAAACAUCAGACCAAUAACGCCGCCAAGUUACAGGAGAUAAACGCCCGUCUGGAGGCAGAGGCUCUGCAGGAGAUGGAGUUGGCGCCAGUCCAGAGGAAGAUCGAGGCUCGUUCUUCAGACGACUCGUUCACCGGACUCGUCCGAACUCUUUACUUUGCCGACACUUUCCUCAGCGACAGUUCUCACAACUCACCGUCUCUAUGGGCGGGGACAAACGGUGGGGCUGUAUAUGCCUUCAUGCUCCGCGUUCCGCCUGUGGAGAGACGCAUGGAGGACCAGGUGACUGCACACCCAGUAAAAGAGAUCCAGCUGAUGCACCGUGCUCCAGUGGUGGGGUUGGUAGUGCUGGACGGCCGGGGCGUCCCCCUGCCCGAGCCCCUGGAGGUGGCCCAUGACCUGGCCCGCAGUCCCGACAUGAUAGGAGCACACCACCUGCUCGUCGUCUCGGAGGAACAGUUUAAACUUUUCACAUUGCCAAAAGUGAGCAGUAAGACAAAGCUGAAGUUGACAGCGACGGACGGCUCUCGUGUCCGGCGUGUGGGUGUGGCCUGGUUCGGCAGCGUCAGAGUGGAGGAUUACGGGGAGAAUAACCUGGUGAUUUUAACCAAUCAGGGCGACUUGCAUGUCAUUUCCAUGCCUGCCCUUAAGAUGCAGAUUCACUACCCCUGUAUUCGCAAGGAGGAUGUCAGUGGUAUCGCAUCCUGUGUGUUCACCAAGCAUGGCCAGGGAUUUUACCUUAUCUCUCCGUCUGAGUUUGAGCGUUUCUCAUUGUCCGCACGCUGGUUGGUUGAGCCCCGCUGUCUGGUGGAGGCUCCGCCCAGGACUCACAGCUCCUCCCACCCAGACCACACCCACAGAGAUCAGCCGGAUGGAGCAGCCACAGAGCACAGGAUCUGCCGUGAGGAUACUGAAGAAUUUGAGAAUUCCGCUAGACAAGUAAUGGAGCAUGCUUUGCUGAACGAUGAGCAGGUGCUUCAGGAGAUCCAGAAGUCUCUAGAAGGUGAUCAGACGGUAUUGCUGGAAAACAAUAUGAAGACCAAACCCUCAGUGGGCCAAGUGUUGAGUAAUGGAGAUUGAGCCACAUCCUCUCCACGUCUCGUCCAGGCUGGAGUUUGACCAGCCCUCUGGCUUUUAGGACACACCUGUACACUACAGCUGGUGCCACUACUGAACACUGUUAGCCCUGCUCCUGCACAGAGAAGGCUCUCACCCUGUGCUACCGUGAGGAGAGAGAAAGAGAGAGAGAGAGAGAGAAAGAGGGACCACCAUCUGUGCCUGCUAAGACCAACCACUGUAUCACCACUCAUUCACUGACACGCCAUCAAAUUCCAUCUCUCUGCCAUCUCCUGCCUUCCAGCUGAGCUGACACGCCCUCUUUGUAAUCUCCACCCUCCUUUUGUAGGGGGUGGGAGGAGCUUCACAAGGGGGGCGUGUCAGUGGAAAUUUCUUUCUUUUUUUUUUUUUUUUGUCUUCUUUUUUUAAUAUUUAAUUUUACAUGUGUAAUAUUUCUAUACAGAAAUUUGAAGACCUCAAACUUAGAAAAAAAUAAUGAAAACAAGACACGGACAGUUAAUUACACAAGGGAAGUAAAUACUCAAUCUUUUUUGUUGAUUUGUUUGUUUGGUUUUUUUUUGGACAAUUCUGACGACUCUGGGUAUUUUGACCAGGCAACAAUUGAGGACUUUUUAUACUGAGAAGAGUUGCCGUUGAACCACGUAGAUAGUGAAACACCCAGCUGAGUUUAUUUGUUUGUUUGUUUGUUUGCUCCCCCACCCUUACAACAGCAUUAGUAUUACCUUUGUGGUCCCGUCCCCCCCCC